GGGCGGCCACGACGUCGUCGGCCUGACCGUUACCGUUUAUCGCGAUCCCUAAUGUGCAGUCUGCAGUCCCAAUACAAACUAUCCUUUAUCAGUUGUCCACGAACGGCGUAUAUCGUUGAGCGGGCAGAUAAAGGAUUUGCAGUUUGUUUAUAUGCGUCGUAUGGCGUGAGGAGCGGGCGGGGCGCGUCAGUGCGCGCGCGUUGCGUCCGGCGAUGCACGCGUGCACGCCCGCUGACGCGCACAGUCGUCCUCCGUCCUCGACGUGGGUCACACCAUGGCUGAUUGGUCUGUGAUGGACUGCGAAUGGCCCUCGGAUGGGUCGUACGACCCUUACGCGUACGGGUUAAACCCCUAUUACCAAGACACGCCGCCGGUACCGCCGUACUUCCGGCGGCCACCGGCGCCGCAUGCGCAUCAGUUCCUACCGCCGCCGCCGCCAACGCCGUCGCCGUCGCCAGCCCUCACGCUGCUCCUGUCUCCUCCUCAUCACCAGUCACCCACGCAGCUCGCUCCGGGUUACGCCGACUAUGCCGUCCCCAGAGGGGACAACCCUCGGGAGAUACGGAAUAAGGCGGAGAAGCAGCGGCGGGACAAGUUAAAUCUCUCUAUCUCGGAGCUGGCGGCGAUGGUGCCGCCGGUGGUGGCCGCCAACAGAAAAAUUGACAAGACCGGUAUCCUGCGCCUUACAGCGCACUACCUCCGAGCUCAUCAAUACGUGUUCGGAGACUCAAUCGGGCAAUCAUCGAGUCAGUUCAAUCCAGCCGCUGCACAAGCGCUGCUCUCUCUGCUGAGAGGGUUCCUCCUCACUACCACAUACAAGGGAUUGGUGGUGGUGGUGUCUCAGAAUGUGCAACAGUAUCUGGGCUACACUGAGCUGGAUCUACUCGGACAGAACGUGUUCAACAUGAUACACACUGAUGACCACCAAAUACUGAGAGACAAUCUGAUGCCAAAGAGCCAUCUACUGGGACCAAAUGGGGAACUACUAAUUCCUGAUGAACCUGAAGGUGGCAGUAGGAUUGCACAGGAACUAGCUGGCGAGAAGAGGCGCUUCAUGGUCAGGUUCAAAAAGCACAGCCAGCGCUCGGAGCCCGUCCAGUACGUGAAAUGCUACGUGGAAGGGACCCUGAGGAAGUCGGACCGUGCUUGCCGAGGUUACAACCGGUGCUGCCAAGUGGUGCGCCGAGCCAGGGCGCGUGGCGACAACCCCUGCUCAAGCGGCAACGAUGUCGUUUUCAUCGGGCUCGUCCGUCCAACCACAGAAACUUUCAUGUCGGAGACCCACAUCGAAUCAUUUCGUAUGGAAUACAGGACUAGACACUCCGUUGACGGCGAGAUUGUCGACGUCGAGCCUCGCAUUGCCAUCGUCACGGGGUACAUGAGCCAUGAAGUGAACGGUGUCAAUGCCAUGAACUUCAUACACCGGGAAGAUGUACGCUGGGUGAUCUUCAACCUCCGCGAGAUGUAUGAUCAACACCGCCUUGUAGGGGAGUCGUGCUAUCGUCUUAUCGCUAAAAAUGGCCAGAUCAUCUACAUGAAGACUGUUGGGCGCUUGGACGUCGACGAAGACUCCAGAGCAGUCAGGAGCUUCGCCUGUAUCAACACGGUGGUCGACGAACAAGAGGGCAAGCAUCUCAUUAAACUGAUGAAGAAGAAAUGCAUGGUUAUGGUCAACAACAAUGGGCCGCCUAUUAUGGACUUGGAACCUACUGAUUUUCAGAAUCCAGAAGAUCAAUCGACCCCAUUUGAAGAUCCGAGAAAUUUGGAAAAAGUUAUCCUUCAUUUAGUAACGGAUUUACCUUCGGUACAUCCGAACGGUAGAAAUAGGAAUUCUACCGACAGUGAGGACUCAACAUUACUUCCUCUGGCUAUAAUACCUCCGAAGAAAGAGAGGAUACUCGGUGCCAUCGAGAAAAUAUACGACGUGGUAAACAAUUUGAGCACCGUCAACAUGCAUUUACAGCAGGGUGGCAACGGCGGCGGGCGGGCGCCCGGCGGCUCUCCGCGCCCACGCGGCCCAUAUCCGUUACGGUACAGCGAGCGGCUCACUCAGCAGCGCUCGCAUAUGCUGUUCAAGCGCCAAGUAGAAGGACUCGGUGAACCGACCACCGAGCCACGACCGUUAUCCCGUGGAUUCAGUGCAGCCUGGUAUUUACCAAACUUCACUCAGGCCGGCGCCUCUCCUGGCCCAUCAGCGAUCAAUCCUGCUGGGCUAUCAAUUGUGAUGCCCUCUCCAAGGACAGUUUAUUUGUCGACCAGCUCGGGUCAACAAGAGUAUGGGCCAAUCGGAUCCGCCAAAGUACUAGUAUCAGCUAACACCGACGAAAGCAUGGUGUCGUCGGCGAAAAAAAUUAAAAGGGAAAGCGAAAAUGAAUUCACAAAAAAUGAUGUACUACACCAGCCUAAUGAAGAAAUCGGUGACAAGAAAACCGCAGGCACAUAUGACUUAUUCGACGAGUCUCUUUUAGAGGACCCUUUUCUGGAUCAGACAAUACGGUCUCUGGAUAUCACGUCAGACCCCUUUCCAGACUUAAUGAGAAGUGACGUGUCUUCAAUUAUCGAAGAGGUGGAAGAAGAACAAAGCCAGGAAUUCGAAUGAAUAGUAAAGAAUCAAGUAGUAAAGCUUAUGCGAAUAAGUAUAUCUUUUACGUUGGUAUAGGUACCCUAAUUAGGUACUUAUUGGGUUACGAAAUAAAAAAAAUCUUGGAUAUCUUUAAUAUAAUCAUUUCAUGAAAAUGUAUAUUCAUCAGAUGUAUUUCGUUCACUUUCUAAUAUUAUAAUAUUUCACAUGGUGAAUUAAAGUUAAGAGUAAAAGAAGAUUCAAUUAUAUAUUGUAGCAAUUCGUCUAAAAAGCAAUAAGUAUGUAAAAUGUUGCUUUUUUAGAUGAAUUGUGGCCUUUUUGUGGACUCUCGCUGUUCUGAUGUGGUGUAAUCAAUGUAAGUAUUUCUUAAGAGACGGGGUUGGCCCUUCACAUUGUAGCUGCAAUGCUGUUCCGUCUCUUCUGUGGUAGUAACUACGUAGCUUAGUGAAAUCAAAUGUACAGAAUAAAUAUUAAAAUAUAUAAUUAAUUAUAAUAUAUUAAUAUACGUAAGAAAAUUUUAAUUUUCAGAAAGUAGAAUAUCAUCAAAACGAUGAUAUGAAUCAUAAAAUAUAUUUGGUAGUUUUAUAUAUUCUUAAGAAUUAUAUUUUCAAUUAUAACCUAAGUCGUAAUGAUAAUGAUAGGUAUAUAAUAUAUAUAGGAUCUCAAAAGAAAUGGUAAUUUAGGUUGUAUAAGAUUUAUUACUUUACUUGUGAUUUUUUUUAACGAAUACUUAGCGUCGUUAGGAAUCUAUUAGUACGAGAGUAUCCGAUGACGUUCACCAAAGUCAUGUCCUGGAUUAGGUGAAGCAACUCUAUAUUUUAGAAAGCCUAUUCAAAUAGGGACAACUAUAAACUAUGCCCAUCGUAGUAGUCGAUGACGAAGGAUAUGUCACGGUCCGCUCUCCUACUAUUAUAAUCUAUUUGUUUUAGUUUUAAUUUGCAUGGGGUUAAUUAUUAUAUUUCGGGUAUAUUUUUAUUCAUUAUUUAAAUGGAGAAUCAGUCAUGUUGUGCGAUUAGUGUUUUGCCAUAAUUAUUAUUCUGUUGCUGUUAGUUAACCUCGUAAGACUCGGUUUUUCAGACACAAUAGUUAAAUAAUGGAAAUUAAAAUUUAUAAGCCAAUGGGCCUCCCGUGCCGUAGUUAGUUAGUCAACGAUGAAAUAUCAUUUUGGAAAGUAUUUGGGUUAUAUACCGCAAAAUUUCUUUUUCACUAGCGGUUCGCGUUUUUGAACUUUCUAAGGACUUAGUAUAACAGACUGUAAUACUAAAGAUCUCAUAUAGAUCUAAAACGUAUCUACUGUUAUAUUAAAAGCAUUUUGUUAAACUUUAAUAAUUUUAGAAUGUUGUUAUCCCAUUAUAGAAAUGUUAUGUGUUUUAAUAAUUACUUUCUCUAAGGAUAAUUUCUUAUUUUAUGAAGGAUUUUUAUUACUUAGGUAUGUUAAUUCAUUUAGAUACCUAUAGGUAAUCUGUAGGUACUUAAUGAAUAAAAUAUUUUUUUCGAACAACGGGUAUCAGUUUAGUAGAGUUAGAGUUAAAUAUCAUUGAUUACAGAAGAAAUUGUUUAUUUUCGUAGAUUUCGUAGAUCGUUAGAUUAUAUCAAUUAACUUGUUAGUAAGAAUUAUUGUUAGUUCUAAGCUGAUCUUUUUUGUCGAUUCUGACAAGCAUUUCUUAGAUUUCUAUAAUUUUCUAAUGUGUCAAAUAAAAUAUAUAAGUAAUACAAUGGUAAUACUUUACGUGACGUUAGUUCUUCCCUUUUCUGUUCGGUAGAUUAUGAAAUGACAAGUAAAAGGGAUGUCUAUACAGAUGGAUACCUCUAGAAAGAUACCCUUUAGUAAUUAGUUAAACGGAUUGAAGAAUUUUUUGUCGCAAUCGAGACACCUACAUUAUUUGACUUCCUUUAAAAGAAAAUGUAUAUACGUUAUGUCAACAUACUUAGAUUUAUUCUCUUUUUUUAUAUCUGCCGUAAUGGUAGAUGAAGUCACCUAUUUUAUUAGGCCUGGUAGAUUAGAUACUUUAGUUUAAGAUAAAUGAACUUAUAAAAUUUACCAUGUUGUAGAUGUGAAAUUUAGUUUUUACUUACAUUUUUCUUAUUAGUAUAAGGCCAGGCGCGCACUACGAGUUUUUCGCCGCGCGGUUGUAAACAGCAGCGGCAUAAUGGCGCACUGUGAUACUGUACCAAACAGUUUUAAAUUGUAUUGCGCGCAGUUGACCGUAGAGCCACCGCAGCGGCGCAGUAUUACAGUGCGACAUUACGCCGCGGCUCAUUUCUGCCGCGCGGCGAAACACUCGUAUUGUGCGCCUGGCCUAACUUUGAAAACUGCAUGUUAAUGUUAAACAUUUGUCUAAUAAUUGUUUUUGAAGUACAUGUUAACUCCAGUUAUUAUGUAUUUUAACUAGAUUAUAAGAAAUAAAUGGGUUACUAUAUAUUAA